AUGUCAGGAUCACAGCGUCCUGCUCAUUCUUUCAUGAGAACCUCAAUGCGCCCACCGCCUAGACCGCAUGUGGCACAAUAUCCUUCAAUAACCGGCCGUGCUCCUUCCCCGGCAGAAUCAUUAUCCUCGAGCAGUACUUCUAAUGCAGGCACUAAAAGAAAAGAGAGAGAUUUUGACCAAGAUCAUGGUGAAGAGACAAAUAUUCAUGUCGUCGUCCGAUGUCGGGGUCGGAGCGCCAGAGAAGUUCGGGAAAACAGCGGGGUGGUGGUAUCAACAAGCGGAGUCAGAGGCAAGACUGUUGAACUAUCGAUGGGACCGAAUGCAAUCAGCAACAAAACCUACUACUUCGACAAAGUCUUCUCCCCAGCAGCGGACCAAGCUAUCAUAUUCGACGAUGUCGUCGCGCCCAUAUUGAAUGAAAUGCUGACAGGCUACAAUUGCACAAUAUUCGCCUAUGGCCAGACGGGGACGGGGAAAACAUACACCAUGUCGGGCGACAUGACAGACACCCUUGGACUGUUAUCUGAUGCGGCCGGCAUUAUACCUCGAGUGCUUUACUCGCUGUUCCAGAAAUUGGAAGCGGAUGAGGUAGAGUGUUCGGUGAAAUGCUCAUUCAUCGAGCUGUACAACGAGGAAUUGAGAGAUUUACUGUCGCCCGAUAAUUCUGUCAAGCUUAAAAUCUUCGAUGAUGCGAGCAGGAAGAGCCAUGCCGCCACAGUGGUUCAGGGCAUGGAAGAGUCGCACAUUAAGAAUGCAGCGGCUGGCAUCAAGCUUUUGCGAGAAGGCAGCCAUAGGCGUCAAGUUGCAGCCACCAAAUGCAAUGACCUCAGCUCUCGAAGUCAUACGGUCUUCACCAUUACAACAUAUGUCAAGAAACCCAACAACACGGGCGAAGACUACAUCUGCUCUGGGAAACUUAACCUGGUUGAUCUGGCUGGGAGUGAGAAUAUCCAAAGGAGUGGCGCGGAGAACAAAAGAGCUGCGGAAGCUGGACUGAUCAACAAGAGCUUGCUGACGCUUGGAAGAGUCAUUAACGCUCUUGUGGACAAAAGCUCACACAUCCCUUAUCGAGAAUCGAAACUAACGAGGCUGCUACAAGACUCGCUGGGUGGAAGAACAAAGACAUGUAUCAUUGCCACAGUUUCACCAGCGAAGAGCAAUCUCGAGGAGACCAUUUCGACUCUGGAUUACGCUUUCCGUGCGAAGAAUAUUCGAAACAAACCGCAGGUCAAUUCGAUGAUUUCCAAGAAAACUCUGCUGAAAGAGUUCACCGCCGAAAUCGAAAAACUCAAGAGCGAACUGAUUGCCACAAGACAACGCAAUGGCGUCUACCUCACCAAUGAUCAGUACGAAGAGAUUACGGUCGAGAGUGAGUCCAGAAGAAUACUGAGCGAGGAACAAAAGGCUCGGAUCGAGACGAUGGAGGUCAGUCUACGCAACAAAGUUCAGGAGCUCUUCAGCUUGACCAACAGCUUUACGAUGCUGAAACGAGAGAACGAAGGGACUCGCGCAACCUUGGAAAGCACAAAAGAUGUGCUCGAAAAUACUGAAGCUGUUCUCGCGGACACAAAGAGGCUGCUGGCCGAAGAGACUGCUCUUCGCGAAGCACAUGAAGUGACAGAGGAGAAAUUAUUCGGUAUGGGAACCGAGCUAGUUUCGACCGUUGGUGUGUCCCUCAAGGAUAUUGACGGUCUCCAAGCGAAGUUGAGACGUCGCUCUGUCCUCCACACUCAAAAUCGCAGGUCAUUCAAUUCUUCUCUAGACCGGGUCAUGGAUGUCUGUGGAAUGGUUGACGAGCGCAUCGCAAAGUUCCAAGCAGCACACGCGGAAGCCAUCGCAGCAAGUGCACGCCGUAUCGAGUCUUUUCUAGCGGACGAGAUAGCUCGCACGGAGUCUUCUACACGACUGUCUCAGGAGAAGUCCUCGGCCCUGGCUGAGGAUUGCGCUGGUGUCGAAAAACAAUCUGCGCAGGCCAGGGACUCUAUGAACAAUGUUCUCGAGGAGAUCAAAGACCUACGUGAGAAUGUCAAGGACAACCUCAGCGAGGGCCUCCGAGGUCUGUCCCAAGCCGCUGCAAAAAUAUCUGCAGAGGUGAUCGGGGAGCUGGAACAGUUUCACACCCAGUUGCAUUCGUCUUACAGCGGGCUUGGGAAAGACUUCAAAUCGAUGUUCGAUGACCUUACCAAGCAAUUGGCGGUGCAGCGAGAGGAAAUCGAAGCCAUGUCGUCGGCUCUUCGAGAAGCGAAUGGCGCAAACAUUGAAGCAUCACUCUCAGUUUCUACCCAGCUCGAAGCCAUCAGGGACGAAGAGAGGAAGGCCGCUGCGGAGCAGAAUCAGAAUCUCAAGGAGCAGAUCCUAAAACUAAUCGAGAUGUCACAUCAACAACAGGAACAGAGACUGUCCAGCAGAUUGAAUAAUGUUCAGUCACACCUUGUCGAGUCGACGGAGAAAUUUGAAAAUGCCGAUAAGGCUUAUCGGGAUGGUAUGAACAAGUGGACAAUUCAGGACAGCGAAUUGACGGCGCUGGUGGUUAAAUCUAAGGACGAAUUGAAGACCAGGAUGAAGGGAGACUGGACGGCGGUUAGUGCACGAAACUUGGCCAUCCAAAAAUCCACCAAGGCUGUCCACGAGGAAACGGUCAAGAUUGUCGACGCUCAGCUGACACAAAUGUCAACUCAAAUGGAAGCUCUGGACGACUUUGUGACGAGGGCUCGAUUACAGAACGAUAGUCAUCAUGCUGAACGUUCGGAGACGUUGAGCAAAGCCGUAUCUCGUGCUCAAGACGGCCUCAGCAGUCUUGAGAAGGAGUCGCAGCUCCGCCGUGGAGUAUUCGAAGACUUUGCAGGAGAACAGAAGACAUAUUGGGCAGGUGUCGACAAGCUAGUCGUAUCAUUGGAGGAAGAAACACGGCAUCCACUGCGGGAAAUGAAGGCAGAUCUCUCGGAAGCAAGUUUGAGCGAGUACACUCCAACUGGCGAAACACCACAGAAAAGGGAGUGGAAUUACCCGACCCAGCUGCCACGAACCGAAAACCACGAGUCCAUCAUUGCCAGAAUAAGGGGCUUACCCGACCCUGCCCUUGUCACCAAGACGCCUUCAUCAGCAAAGACACCUGCUCGUUCGCCCAGGAAACAAGCAUCACCACGCAAAGGACCGGCAUCGCCUUCAAAACUGCCGAGUCCAAGCAAGACCAAGAUCUUCACCGAUAUUGAAAUUCCCUCAGCCCAGCCAUCUACGAUAUCGCUAUCGCAAACACAAGGCACUGGAAGUGGGAUACCUCUCAGUGAAGCGAAGUCUGGCUUGAAGGAAGUCGACAUCAAUGUCAUCAACAGUAGCAGAGCGGCGAUAUCAUCAGCAACAUCCACGACGUUGUCCAGCAAUAACGAGAAACCUGUGCUCUUGGAUUUUAGUAAAAGUGUCGGGAGUGGAAGUCAACAACCGCCACUCAAGAGGCAUGCGACGACUAAUGCGGUUGUGGAGAGCAGACUACCUACUGUGAAGUCGGGUAGGAUGACGAGGAGUACGAUGGCUGGGUUAGCAGGGAUUGGGAUUGGUGGAGUGGAAAAUUUCAGUCAGAGCAUUGGGCCAUUGGGAGGAGGCAGGAGGCUGAGAAGCAGCCCGCCUGAAUGA